AUGAAUACAUCAAAACUUUGUGCUUUGAGGGACAGAGAAAACCAGACUUAUUCAGUGAUCUUCAUUCUCUUGGGCUUCUCUGAAUACCCGGAUUUGCAGGUGCCCCUGUUCCUCGUGUUUCUGACCAUAUACACAAUCACUGUGCUGGGAAAUCUGGGCAUGAUUGGCAUCAUCAGGAUCAAUACAAAGCUCCGCAAUACCCCCAUGUACUUUUUCCUUAGUCACCUUUCCUUUGUGGAUUUCUGUUACUCUACUGUUGUAACACCCAAACUCUUAGAAAACUUGAUCAUAGAAGACAGAACCAUCUCUUUCUCAGGCUGCAUUAUGCAGUUCUUCUUUGCAUGUACAUUUGUGGUGACCGAAACGUACAUGUUGGCAGUGAUGGCCUAUGACAGAUUUGUUGCAGUGUGUAACCCUCUGCUCUACACUGUUGCUAUGUCACCAAAGCUGUGUUCCAUUUUAGUGAGUGCAUCCUACUCUUGGGGUUUAAUCUGUUCCAUGACACUGACUUACUUUUUGCUGAGAUUAUCCUUUCAAGGAAUUAAUGUCAUUAAUAACUUUGUGUGUGAACAUGCUGCUAUUGUGGCUGUAUCCUGCAGUGACCCUUACAUAAGCCAGGAGAUUAUUUUUGUCUCUGCUUCAUUUAAUGAAAUAAGCAGCCUAAUUAUUAUUCUUACUUCCUAUGUUUUCAUCUUCACCACUGUCAUGAAGAUGCCUUCCAUAGGAGGCCGUAGUAAAGCCUUCUCUACAUGUGCCUCCCACCUGACUGCCAUUAUUAUUUUCCAUGGAACAAUUUUAUUUCUCUACUGUGUACCUAACACAAAGAGCUCUUGGCUCAUGGUCAAGGUGGCUUCAGUGUUCUAUACAGUCUUCAUCCCUAUGUUAAACCCCCUGAUCUAUAGUCUCAGAAACAAAGAUGUCAAGGAGUCAGUCCGGAAGUUAAUGACCAAAAGUUUAUAA